AUUAACUAUUAAAUCAAAUGGGCCGAUACAUAAGUUAAAGCUCCAAGACUAUACUAACACUAACCCAACCCCAGGGCCCACACGAUGCUUCGCGCGCAAUACAAAACCACCACCGUGACUGACCGAGAUCGGCAAAAAUUUCCAGUAGAAAAAAAAAAAAAAAGGAAAAAAUUUCGUUGAAGAGAAAAGGCAAGGCGAGAUGUGGGUAUUUUACCUGAUCUCGUUGCCUUUAACCAUAGGCAUGGUUAUUUUCACCUUGAGGUAUUUCGCUGGCCCCGAUGUCCCUCGUUACGUCCUCUUCACCGUUGGAUACGCUUGGUUCUGUUCUCUCUCCAUCAUCAUCCUCGUCCCCGCCGAUAUCUGGACGACGAUAUCGAAGCCAGAAAAUGCUAAUGAAAAUGGACAAAUUUCAUUCUUUUGGAGCUGGUCUUAUUGGGGUACCUUUCUUCUUACCUGGGCUGUGGUGCCCCUUAUUCAGGGUUUUGAAGAUGCUGGAGACUUCACCGCGACUGAAAGAUUGAAGACUAGUGUGCAUGUCAACUUAGUCUUCUAUUCGGUCGUGGGCUCUAUUGGCCUUGUGGGACUUAUUCUCCUCAUCACGAUGCACAGGAAUUGGAGUGGUGAUAUCCUUGGUUUAGCUAUGGCCUUGUCAAAUACGUUUGGGCUUGUUACAGGUGCAUUUCUUCUUGGCUUUGGCUUGAGUGAAAUUCCAAAGAGCCUUUGGAGAAAUGCGGAUUGGACCAUCCGACAAAAAGUUCUUUCUCAUAAAAUUGCCAAAAUGGCUGUGAAGCUUGAUGAAGCUCAUCAAGAGUUUUCAAAUGCUAUUGUGGUUGCUCAGGCAACAUCUAAUCAGAUGUCCAAGCGUGAUCCUUUGAGACCGUACAUGGAUGUUAUUGAUAAUAUGUUAGCUCAAAUGUUUAGGGAAGACCCAUCCUUUAAGCCACAAGGUGGUCGGUUGGGAGAAAAUGAUAUGGACUACGAUUCAGAUGAGAAAUCAAUGGCAACACUCAGGCGUCAUCUUCGAAUAGCUCGAGAAGAAUAUUAUCGGUACAAAAGUGAGUACAUGACCUAUAUCUCCGAGGCCCUUCAGCUUGAAGAUACAAUAAAAAAUUACGGUCGUCGCAGUUCAACUGGAUGGAAAUAUGUUUCGAGUUUCAGACCGGGUCGCUCUGGGAAAACAGGAACACUCUUAGACACAAUAGAAUUUAUUUGGCGAUGCAUCAUAAGGAAACAACUAGAGAAGGUCUUGGCUAUUUUACUUGGUAUCAUGUCCGCAGCGAUUCUUUUAGCUGAGGCUACUCUUUUACCAAGAGGAGUUGACCUGUCUCUCUUCUCUAUCCUUAUAAAUUCAGUAAAGAAGCAGGAAGUGCUUGUACAGGUCUUUGCAUUUGUACCUCUGAUGUAUAUGUGCAUCUGCACAUAUUAUUCCUUGUUCAAGGUUGGAAUGUUAAUGUUUUACUCAUUAACACCACGGCAGACUAGCUCUGUCAGCUUGCUCAUGAUAUGCUCGAUGGUUGCUCGAUAUGCUCCUCCAAUUUCAUACAACUUUCUCAACCUCAUUAGCCUUGGUGGUAAAAAAACCAUAUUUGAAAAGCGAAUGGGGAACAUUGAUGAUGCUGUCCCUUUCUUUGGAGAAGGGUUCAACAAUAUUUAUCCACUUAUCAUGGUUGUAUACACCUUUUUAGUUGCUAGCAAUUUCUUUGAUCGUGUAGUUGGUUUCUUUGGGAACUGGAAGAGACUUAGAUUACAAACUGAGGCGGAUGAUAUGGAUGGAUUUGAUCCCUCAGGAUUAAUCAUCCUGCAAAAAGAGCGAACUUGGCUCGAACAAGGACGCCAGGCUGGUGAACAAGUUAUCCCAUUGGCAAGAAAUUUCAAUGGUGCUGAUAUUGAGUCUGGCAACAAUAUUACAGAUCGUACUGUUGUUGAAAUGAAGGCAACAACCACUGAUGGUGUGAAGGGGUCUCCAUCAAGACCUUUGAAAGAAGAGGCCCGUAAAUAUGGCACAAGCAGGGAAGCCAUCAGCAGCAAGUAUGCUGCCAUAAGAGAACAGAGUCGACAAGUGUCAAAUCCAAAACCAGUGGAGAAUAACAUAACCUCUGCUAAGGUCUCAUUGCUUGAGGCAGGCAACUCACGCUCUGGUAACCAGAAGGGAGAUUCAUCCUCUGGAUUGGCCUCAACAUGGCGAUCAAUGAAAUUUGGUUUUCAAAAUUUUAAGGCAAAUAUUGAGGCCAAAAAGUUUCUUCCCCUACGCCAGAAUCAGGAAACCAAACUGGUCUCUCGCGUGAACUCAUCUGAUUCUGAGUCCCUGGAUGAGAUAUUCCAGAGAUUAAAACGGCCGUCCAUAGACCAUAGUGAUGAGGAUGAAAAUGGGAAUGAGCCAGACAUCAAAAUCACGGGUCCUUCGAGAUGAUAUUAACUUCAUUUGGAUAAAUGUGCUUGUUGCUGUUGUAGAAACGGUCAUACGAAAUGUACAGAUCAUAUGGGUCAUUAAAUUCUUGCGGUAGGAGUCCAGGGUCCAGGGAGGUUGUCAGCAGUUGGAAAUUUCAAACAAAUACAAUAGGGGAAAAUAGUUAUUAUUUCCCGUGAUAUCAAGAAAAGUGGUUCCACUUUAGCAAAUUCUGUAAUCUGAAUUGAACAUGUAGUCAGGUAGUCAACUUCCUACACAUGAUAUUGUACAUCCUGAUAGAAUCUAAAAGCAUCUAUAUUUUGAAGGCGAUUCUGCCAUCUUAAAAAUCAAGUUUAUGCAUUGGUGUGAUGAUGGUUUCUGCGAAAAUACAAUCCAAACGCAGUGUAAAUGUAUAAUAUAGUCUCGAGAACUUUUCAAAAUGACGUUGCCAUCAUAGCACGUGUGCAGCCGAUGCGACAAAAAUGGUCAAUGAAAAGGUCGCAGUCCAAACGGUUUAAAUUUUAACACACAAAAUUGACGAGAACCAUAGUUUUGAUGUGGACAAUCUGCUUAGAUUGUUUUGAAGUUUUCAACAAAAUUUGCUGAGAAAAAGGUAGAAAUUUUGAAACCUCAUUUUAGAAUAAAAAACUUUUUUGUCGCUUAUGAACCGACCGACCGCUUCUAAAUCAUGUUGUAUUAUGAAUCACGGCUCUUCCUACUCAAAUCUUCUAACUUGUAGUACUAUAUGAAUUAUGAAUCACGGCUCUUUCUACUCAAAUCUUCUAACUUGUAGUACUAUAAUUCUAUGAAGAUGGUGAUGUAAAAUGAUCCAAAGUCAACAUUUCUGAUAAGCGUGAACAAUGGAAAGACAUCAGUUUAGGCAAAGAUUCAAAGACCAGUAGACCAAGAGUUUGUUUCAUUUAAGUGGUUAUUUCAGGUUUUUUUUACUAAAUAAUUCAUAAGACCUAUUGGUGUUUCUUCAAAAAGAUUAAAGAAAGAAAUAAUCAACAAUCAUUCGUAGAACACCAUAAUCAAAGGAUUCAAACCUGUUAACUAAAACAUAAUUCAUUCCAAUCCCAUAAUUAUGUAACAAAGAAAAAAAAA